CGCCACCAUUGGCAUACAUACGGCCGGGGCAAUUAGGCAAAACAAACGUUUUUCUUAUUCUCGUUAAUUCGGCCUAAUUGGGUCCUCUCAUUUUUGUUCCAUUUUUCACGCUUCUAUUUAAGGUCAAGCGGAGCGCCUGUGUCGUCUCCAUUUUCAAGUUAUUUCUCCUUCUCUUUUGCUCCCAUAUAGGGAUUCUUUAACCAGUUGCAGAAUGGGCAGUACUGGAAGCGAUAGAAUCAACUAUGGGGAGCACACCUAUGCUAACUUGGAGAGGGAGCCUUACUGGCCCUCAGAGAAGCUCCGUAUCUCGAUCACCGGGGCUGGAGGCUUCAUUGCCUCUCACAUUGCAAGGCGUUUGAAGAGCGAGGGACACUACAUCGUUGCCUCCGAUUGGAAGAAGAAUGAGCACAUGACGGAGGAUAUGUUCUGCCAUGAGUUCCAUCUCGUGGAUCUGAGGGUUAUGGACAAUUGCCUCAAGGUUACUCAGGGUGUGGACCAUGUCUUCAAUCUUGCUGCAGAUAUGGGAGGGAUGGGUUUCAUUCAAUCAAACCAUUCUGUGAUUAUGUACAACAACACCAUGAUCAGCUUCAACAUGCUUGAGGCUGCCAGGAUUAAUGGGGUUAAGAGGUUCUUCUAUGCGUCUAGUGCUUGUAUCUACCCUGAAUUCAAGCAAUUAGAAACAAAUGUGAGCCUGAAGGAGUCUGAUGCAUGGCCUGCUGAGCCUCAAGAUGCUUAUGGCUUGGAGAAGCUUGCAAGUGAGGAAUUGUGCAAGCACUACACAAAGGACUUUGGUAUUGAAUGCCGAAUAGGGAGAUUCCAUAAUAUUUAUGGCCCAUUUGGCACAUGGAAGGGUGGAAGAGAGAAGGCCCCGGCAGCCUUCUGUAGGAAGGCUAUUACUUCAACAGACAAAUUUGAAAUGUGGGGGGAUGGCCUCCAGACGCGGUCCUUCACAUUUAUAGAUGAAUGUGUGGAAGGUGUUCUCAGAUUAACAAAGUCGGAUUUCCGUGAGCCGCUAAACAUCGGUAGUGAUGAGAUGGUCAGCAUGAAUGAGAUGGCUGAAAUAGUCCUUAGCUUCGAUGAUAAGAAGCUUCCAAUUCAGCACAUUCCUGGUCCUGAGGGUGUUCGAGGCCGUAACUCCGAUAAUAAUCUGAUCAAGGAAAAGCUUGGCUGGGCUCCAACCAUGAAAUUGAAGGAUGGACUGAGGAUCACAUAUUUCUGGAUAAAGGAGCAAAUUGAGAAGGAGAAAAGAGAAGGUGUUGACUUGUCCAUUUAUGGGACAUCAAAGGUUGUUGGAACUCAAGCUCCGGUUCAGCUUGGCUCUCUCCGUGCUGCUGACGGAAAGGAAUGAAA